AUGGGCUAUGGAGAGACGGAGGGUUAUGAAGGAGAUUUUACGACAGUGACAGAGAUGGGAUCCUGCCAAAAGACGGUUGAGAGCGAUUUUCAACUUCCAUUGGCGAGCAUCGGCGGGAGCGUUCAUUCAACAGACGACUCCUUUUUUUCAACAAGUCUAGACAUGUCGUGGAACGAGCCGUCAUGGUCGGCGGCAUCUUCGCCAAUGCGAAGUCUGUUACCGCCCUCUUUCCUCGGCGCUACGGAGUGUCCAGAGGAUACAGGCCUCUUGGAGCAUUACUCCAAGGUUAUGUUGCCUAUGAUGGGUUUCAAGGAAGGAUCCGAGAAUCCUUACGAGCAACACAUUAUUCCCCUUGCACACAGGAGUUCAGCUGUCAGAAAUGCCAUCUAUGCCCUGGCCAGCGCACAUCAUGAGUACGCUGGCCUCGAAAAUACCGAGGGAUCUGCAGGAUUCCAUGAAAGAGCUGUCGCCGGCUUGUCGGCGAUUAUUGAAGAGGGUGAUGGGUUCGAAGAGGCACUAGCAACAAUAGUUCUCCUCUUGCAGUACGAUUUGCUUAUGCAACGUACCAUCCCAAGCAUCACCAACAAUCAUCUUCAAGGAGGCUGGCAUAUUAUCAGUGCCAUGCCGGCGCCAAAGGGCCCAAGCGUUGAGUUCUUCGAACAGGUUUUCCGUUAUUUCGACGUGCUUAACGCAUUAUCCAACGGAUCGUCUCCAGUAUUUCCUGCUCCAAACACCGGGCGGGCGUAUUCACCCGGCAGCACUCCACCCGCAAUCACGUUCAGCGGCAUUGAUCCCGUUUUAGGCAUGGCAGAUGACCUUUGGCCCACACUCCAUCGCCUGGGUGAGCUGGCGACUAUGAAGCGGGAACUACAGGCGGCCAUGGCAACUGGCCAGACGUCGAAAUUCGCAGUCCUUCGUACCGAGUAUCAAACAACUUACAAAGCGAUCGAACGAGCUCUAGAAUCAUGGAGCCCAACCCUCCCUCCAGGUUUCAAUCUUGUCAACCGCAUCGUUGAUGGCCCUGAAGAUGCCUCCGAAGCCGAGCUCGCCAAUGUGAGGUGGAUCACCAGCACGGCGCUCGCGUACAGACAGAGUGCGCUAGUCUAUCUGUACAGUACCAUUUCGGAAUACCCUUCGUCACACAACUUGGUACAAAAACACACACAGGCAGCUUUGUGGCACUGCGCAGCAUCUGUAUCUCAUGGCGGGACUGGGUUGACACUGCUGUGGCCACUUUUCUUCUCCGCAUGCCAUGCUGUCUGCAGCCGAGACCGCGGCUUGGUACGCCAAGCUUUUACCGCCUUUGGAGGCAAGAAAGGGACCGUCAACACAGAGAAGCCAUGGGCUGUCAUCCAGGAUGUAUGGCGGAGGAUGGAUAUGCGGGCUUACGGGAAGGAGCAGGUUGGGUCCGAAGCUUGUCCGGACUUAUGGAAGCAGGUAGCUGCGACCAUGAGAACAGGCAUAGUAUUCGGCUGA